UAAAACACUGAGUGUUGUGAUAUUGCAGCAUCAGAAUAAAGGAAGUAGUAUCGUCUGAAAUGAAUAUCUGGGAAUUGUUAGAAACCUUGGAUACAUCUGAUGCCUUUGACAAUACCUAGACUCAUAUGCUCUCUGGAUAUUUCUCAAUUUAUCUCCAUCAAGUUUAAUAUUUUGGCCACAUUGUUUGAAAACAUAGGUCUUAUGAACUAUGAAGAAGUAUUUUUUACUGUAACAGCACUUCAAUUUACAGAACCAGUUUCAGAUGAAAACAUUACAGUGGUUGACACAAACUUUAAUGACAUUCCUGUCCGUCUGUACUUGCCAAAAAGGAAGUCUGAAAUACAGAGACCAGCUAUAAUUUUCAUUCAUGGUGGUGCCUUUGUCUUGGGAAGUUGCAAGAUGUCAGCCUAUGAUGACCUGAACAGAUUGACAGCAAACAAGCUUGGUGCUGUUAUUGUGGGAAUAGACUACAGACUUGCUCCUCAGUAUCAAUUCCCAGCUGCCCUUGAAGACUGUGUUUUUGUGACCAAGUUCUUUCUCCAGGAGAAGGUUCUUGCAAAAUAUGGAGUGGAUCCCUCUCGUAUCUGUAUUACGGGAGACAGUUCUGGGGGCACCUUGGUGGCAGCAGUGAUUCAACUGUUACAGAAUGAUCUAGAUUUCAAAGACAGAAUUAAGGCACAAGCUUUGAUAUACCCUGGCCUACAAGUGCUUGAUACUUCUCUGCCAUCACAUCGAGAGUACGAACAUGGUCCCAUUGUGUCCAGGGAGAUGAUAAUUAAGUUGGCAAGCUUGUAUGUGACUGAAGACAAAACUCUGCUCCAGGCCUUACUAAGAAAUGAGCACAUGCCACCGGGGUCAAGAGACCUGUUCAAGUUUGUUAACUGGAGUGACUUCCUUCCUGAGAAAUACAAAAAGAACUAUGUUUACAGGGAGCCCGUCCUUGGAAAACUAAAUGCUACUUAUCCAGCACUUGUGGAUAACAGACUGUCACCUUUGAUAGCCAAUGACUCCCAGUUACAGGGAUUGCCAUUAACUUAUGUCGUCACAUGUGAACAUGAUCUCAUAAGAGACGAUAGUCUCAUUUACGUCACACGGCUUAGAAAUGUUGGGGUCCAAGUUACUCAUGACCAUUUAGAGGAAGGAGUCCAUGGAGCCCUAUCCUUUACUGGAGCUCCAGUGUUUUUACAUUUAGGAUUAAGAAUAAGAGACAAGUAUAUUAGUUGGUUAGAAGAAAAUCUAUAAAUUAGUGAAAUUAAUGGUACACGUAGCUAGCUCAUCAGUAGAGUAACCUGUAUGUUAUGUGUUGAACUAUUGUAUGACGAAUGAGAACAAAAUGAUGUGACUUUUAGAUCAAACUACAUUUCAGUUUGAAUGAAGAUUGAUGGGUGUGUUUAAGAAAACUGCUUUAUCUUUUCAAUCUUAAUGACAUUGCUUAAAUGAGCAUAUAUACUUCUUUAUUCCCAUUAAUUGUCAUUUGUUGUGAAGCAUGUAUUCUUGAGUAAUCAGUAGAUCAGUGAAAGACUUUAAGUGUGAUUACAUGUAAAAGUGCUGGAGAUUCCAGACAGUUAUAAACCAAAUUCUGAGUAUAUUGUAUGAAAAAAAUAAUUUUGAACAAAAAAGGAAUGUACCUAAACUUUUGUAUGAUCAAACUUGAAGGUGCCUAUGUGAGUUGCAUUCAUUGAUAGACCAUGUGUCUUGAUGCAUGAAAGUACCCAGCCAACUGUGGAGUGUAGGUAAAGUUAUUUGUAAUAUUCUUUUGAAUUUUUGUGGUGAAUCAUCGUUCACACAGAGGCUGCAUAUCCAGGGAGUUAUCUGAGUGGUGAUCUCCAGGCCUGUUUACUUUCCUGUGAUGAUGUGACCCAUAAUCC